AUGGUAAGCAGUCGCUUCCGACAUCCCCAGCAAGCGCAGCUAGCAGACACCCUGAGCGCCAUGCAACCCACUCCUGCUCUUUCCAACGUGGCUUCGUGGUUCUCGCACCAAUUCGACCCCACCGACGACGUGGAAUACUAUCUACAAGAUCUUACUCGCAUGCAUCACUAUAUAGCAGCACACGAUCGUCAGCGCCCCCUACGUAGCAGACAUCUCGACAACAGCAGAGACCGCCAUCUCCUCACGAAAAUCUACCAGACUCUUGGGCUAUCAAGAGCCAUCACGUACUGCGUCGUGGCCAAGACGUUGCCCUUCAAAGUCCAGAAAGAAUUAUUAGAUCUCUUCGCUGACGACCUACCGGAACUUCGUGAGUGGAUCAGCUGGCUAGACGAACUAGAGCACGCAGCAGUCAAAGUCGAAGGUGAUAUGGCAUGCGGACCAGGCUAUGAGAGCGCCGUAAACUUUGUGAGUAGGGCGAUCAAAGAGCACUGCAUGCUCACGUGGCUUGGACUACUACGACCACUGGACUCUAUGAAGAGACUUUAUCUUAUCGACGCUAUCCACAGACUACUCGCAGCUUCAAAUAUCAGCGGCUUUCUACCCACCACAACGAGUACACUGAAGAAACUGGGUCGAUUCUACGAAACCACCGGCAUCACGGCAGCCAAACUACUGGAUCUGGACGUCGCCGUGCGUUGUGAGCUCUCCUUGCUCCUCGAAGAGUUCCCGACCAUCAUCCUCAUCACUCUGUUCACUAAAUUCAACAAUGAGAAGAUGAUUCACUUGGUAGUCAAACGUGGUCUGCCCUACUUCCCGAAAAACGACUUGUUAAAGAUGCUGGACGCUCUCGCUCCCGCCGAGAUUAACGCCAUCGAAGUCCAACUCCGAUUUCUCGAACUCAUGAUUACAGCGUCGAGCUCUCCUUUAAACGCAGAUACGUCGAGCUACGAAGAAGAUCCCGAGGACGCAUUCGCGAUUCCAGCUCUUACGACAGGAAACAAUUUUCUGAUGAAAUUCUUCUUUUACGCUGGUCUGAAAUUUCCAGAUCUAGUGAUCCAAAAACUGUCGUCUUUGCCUACUGAAAUGAUUCAUCAAAUACUGUACACUAUCGUCGUUCACUCAGCAGAAGACUUGGCGGUACUGGGUCGGGGUCUAGAGACUGUAGAGCUGCCGUGUCUGCAGCCUUUUCUACGUUUACUCCUCGCUAUCCUACUCGAUUGGCGAAAAGUGUUAGUCCCGCUAGUCGAAGAGAUGCCUGGAGAGGAGGCACAGCCACUUUACGACACGCUACUUCACCUGCAAGCCACGUGUAAAGACAAAGUCACGACGGUUCUUCAAAUGCUCGGAGCUCUCCAUAAGAAAGACAAGACGAUACUUUGUCGAGAUAUCCUUAGCCAUCACGAAGCUCAGCUCGAAGGGCACUCUUCGUCCAUCGGAAUCCACGCCAAAGUUCUGCUGAAUCGCUGCGAAUGCGACCUCGCUCGUCAUAAAGUUCUUCGCCUGCUACGCACGAUCCCAUUCGACAAAUACGAUAGUCUACUUUACUUCCUGCGUACCCAACGGAUGCCUGAGCAAGUCGCGUUAACGCGUCUUAUGCUCAGUAUGCCGAGUGGUGCGAACUGUCGAUUAUUAGCCAAAAUGUCUGCGUGGCCAUUAGAAGCACUCGAUGCCUUCUUCCAGCUGUUGUUGAUACUCGCCAAAGUCGAGUACAAAAUGUUCGCCAAGUUGAUGGGGUCCCAGUACGUUAGUGCAGAGCAGCUACAGGUUUUCAUCACUGUGGCCGUGGACAUGAUGAACCAGGCUUUUUGUCGAGAACUCGUCAUCUUCGCUGCUGAUCUGCCAGUUCAUAUUCGAGAUCUCUUCUUUGAGAUGCUUACGGAUCGUCCGGAGAAGGGGGUUCUGCUCCGUAUCAUCGGCUAUUCCACGCGAGUGUUACCGGAACUUAUGCACCUCUUGGUUGCGAUAUUCCAUCGAAUGUCGUGGGAGAUUCGCUCGGCUUUCAUCGAGCAGCUUCGAGCAUUGGAAGGCGUUACCAACGUUGAAAACCUGGCUGAAGUAGCGUCCAAUCUCCAAGACAACGAGGCUUUACGGCUGCUGAUUCUGCUGCUAAGCCCGCUUCAAAUCCACAUUCGAGUAAGUCUUGUAGCGCUCUUCCUGCAGCUUAAUGUCCAGGCACGCACGCUGCUUCUCGCUAGGCUUGUGAAGAUGCCAAAGAACUCUGUGGGGGCUUUCUGUACGGCGGUUUGUAGCUCGUCCUGUGAGCCCGUGAGCGCUUCCUUCUGUCGCGUGAUUGGCCUGGUGGAUGCCAAGUAUCACACGUCUCUCCUCCGCUUACUAGCAAGCGAACCGCUGUGGUUCUUUCUGCGUCUAAUGGCUGAGCAUUGCGACGUAGAACAGCGUCUGGAACAGUCCACGGAGUUGCUGAACCAAGUGGCGAAGACUGUGUGUUUGUUCUCUCUCGACGACAACUUAUUGCUCUUAAAAGAUGUGAUCCGAGCAGCACUGGGCGACGCUAUGCCCCUGAGUGAUACAGUCGCCGUACUUGCGUUAUUCCCUGAAGUAUCGAAGCUUCUUGACUUCCUCCGAUACGUCAUGGGGUUCGCAAAAUGCGCGCGUACCAGCUUAAUUUUCCGCGUUCUUGCAAAGUAUCAACAGCCAGAAUUUAUCUUCGAAAUGUGCCGAAUUCUCGACUUGGACGACGCCAUAUUCGCCUUGAAGCGACUGGAUCGAACGUGGCAACGGCGACAUGAAGAGCUAGACAGAGCGAUGGAGUCUCUAUGUCGACUCUGUGCUCGAGGAAGUGUUCAAGUGAAAGACGACUUCUGUGACCUCAUCGUGGGGUUUAAAAGUCUAUCGGCGCUUGACGUUGGGGAAUCCAACGAAUCUACCGAUCGUGUAGUUACACCACGCGUUGUGGAGAGGUCUCCACAUGAAGUCACAAGUGACGAGGACGAAGACGAGGUCGAUCGUCCCCUUCGAUUGCCCAGUACGACGCCUCCAUCGCACCAACCGGUCGCUCUUAAUCGUCAUCUACAGCGAACGAGACCAGGUCAAGCGUUCCCUCGAAAGCGAACCGAGAGAAAGGCAUGGUGGCAAGAUCUGGACGACGUGUCCUGCCUGUUUCUUCCGAGUGAUCGACAGAGCGAAGCUUCACCUGAACGUCGGGAACAGCAGGAAUCCUCGCCGAAUACACUUCCUUCCGUCUUCGCUCUAACCGAACAACCUCUCUCCGUUCAUCUAAGCGAGGACACUAAAGCACUCGAUCCAGAAGACACAACCAUCAGUGCUACCUCACAUCCCCACGCUAAUCGACACAGUGAUACUUGCCUCAAUCGAUCCGAAUCCGCACCAACUACGCUGUCGUACGAGAAUGAUUCGCAAUGGAGCAAGCAGAAGCGAUCACGCGGCGUCGCUGCAGCUCUCCACCGCCCUCUGGACUUCCACGUUGGUCGAGACAAAGGCGCCGAUUUCCUACAAAGGCAACGCGAACGUGUAUAUCACGAGAAAGGGGCAUCAAGCAUCCGACACGCCAGGACAUCGGCUGCUCAAGAGCACGUUAUGGAGGCUCGAGUGUGUCGAGCUUUGGGCAAGCGAGUACCGACUUCGCAGACGAUCUUGUCGCCUCUUUCUCGACCAGAUUCCCAGACGGUAGAAAACGCCGUUAGCAUGCUAGCAAAGGCUGCUCAGCUUCGCGAUUCCAGUCCACAAGGAUUCGUCUCGGAAGCCCCAAAACGCAACCAGACACCGGCAAAGCAUCACAUGCGUAUGCUCCCAAGCAACCCAAAAAAUCCAAGCAUCAAACCGGAGACGGAACUAAACUGCGAGCCUGUUGCUCCAUGGUAG